GGAGGUGGUGGUUGUUCCCCUCCUCCGUGUGCCGCCGGAACAGCCGGUGGCCCGGAGCUUCCUCUUGCCGCGUCUUGUUCGAUUUAAAUGCAGAACCGCGUUUGCAAAACCCUCUCCUCUCCUCGCCCUCCUCCCUCCCUCUGCAAACCCUCCUCUUCUCCAUUCUCUCUCUCUCUCUAUCUCUCCAAGAAACCCAGAAACCUCGUUCAAACCCACCCUCUCCUUCUCUGUCCAAGAAAACCCAUAAACCCUUUGACAGUACUCCGUCGUUGAUGGCAUCGUUGACGGCCAAGCGCCGGCGUACCGAGAUCGCCAGGAUCGCCGACCCGGCUGCCCGCCUCGUGACCUACUCCAAGAGGCGCAAGGGCCUCUUCAAUAAGGCGUCCGAGCUCUCCCGCCUCUGCGGCGCCCGCGUAGCGGUUGUCGUCUUCUCCCCCGCCGGCAAACCUUGCUCCUUCGGCGACCCAUCGGCCGACGAAAUUAUAUCCGACUACCUCCGAGGCGGCGGCGGCGAGGUGAUGCCGCCGAUGGGUCUAACCCAGUGGGCGGAAUGGGUCCAAACGGAGUGGGACGCUUGCGCGACCGAGGAGGACCUCGAGUCCCUGAUUCUGAAAUACGAAGCGGUCCGCGACUGUGCGCGCGAGAAGCUGAAGGCGUUGGAGGAUUCACACAAAUUGAGCGAACAGGAGAUGGAUUCUUUAUUCGAGAGUCUCGAAGGUCAAGGCCCAGCGCUUGCGGCUCUCUUGACGGAAGACGAUGGUUUCCUGACUUCGCCGGAGAACCCGGCUGCCGGCGGUGGAAGUUCAGCGGUGGAGUCCACCCCCGCGGUCUCCGAUCUCGAGGGCUGCGGAUCUAACGUCGCCGGAGGCGGAAGUUUAGGAGUGGGGUCGACCCCUAAUCUGUCGGAGGACUGCAUCGUGGACAGCCAUGGUUUCUGGAGUUCGCCGGAGGACUCGGCCGUUGGCGGUGGAAACUCAGGAGUGGAGCGCGCCCUCUCCGAUCUAGGAGAAUAUGGAUAUAAUCCCAAUGAGUUUGUGGGACUUGAAGAUUUGGGUGUCUUACUCUGA